AUGGCCGCAUUGCAGAAGCAGGGAAAGAUGCAAGGAUUCAUCAACUACCGGAUGCGUGCAACCCUCACCGAUGGACGGCAGCUGGUGGGAYAGAUGCUCGCCUUUGACAAGCACAUGAACCUCGUACUCGCGGAUUGUGAAGAGUUCAGGAAAGUCAAGAGGAAGAACGUCGAGACCGAGGAGAAGCGUUCGCUCGGCCUCGCCAUCGUCCGAGGCGCCACGAUUGUUUCGGCAUCUGUUGAGAGCCCGCCGCCUGCGGAUCCGGCUGCUCGUCUCGGACAGAGCACUCCUGGAGCUGGUGUCGCAGCGACCGUCGCAAGUGGACCGGGAAUGGCUAAGCCGAUGGGUAGAGGGAUGGGCAUUGGAUUACAAGGUCCAGCAGCAGGUGUGGGCGGUCCGGGAUUCGCUGGCAUGCCUCCCGGCUUCGGCAGAGGUGGACCUGGUGCACCUCCAGGCUUCCCACCUGGACCUCCUCGUGGGUUUGCUCCUCCUCCUGGCGGCUUUCCAGGCCGAUAG